UUCCCCUUCCGCUUCCUCCUGCCUCCUGUCCUUCGGCUGCUUCUCUCCUCUGGGGCAACUCGCCAGUUCUCCACGCCCGCGGUGCCCGCAGGCACGCUGCUCCUGGUCCUGAGCUGUCACCGCCACACCCCAGGCCCCGGACACGAUGCAGGCCAUCAAGUGUGUGGUGGUGGGAGAUGGAGCUGUGGGCAAGACCUGCCUCCUCAUCAGCUACACCACCAAUGCCUUCCCCGGAGAGUACAUCCCCACCGUGUUUGACAACUAUUCAGCCAAUGUGAUGGUGGACAGCAAGCCCGUGAACCUGGGUCUGUGGGACACGGCAGGCCAGGAAGACUAUGACCGCCUGCGGCCCCUCUCCUACCCACAGACGGAUGUCUUCCUCAUCUGCUUCUCCCUCGUCAGCCCCGCCUCCUACGAGAAUGUCCGUGCCAAGUGGUUCCCUGAGGUGCGGCACCACUGCCCCAGCACGCCCAUCAUCCUGGUGGGCACCAAGCUGGACCUGCGGGACGACAAAGAAACCAUCGAGAAGCUGAAGGAGAAGAAGCUGGCUCCCAUCACCUACCCGCAGGGCCUGGCACUGGCCAAGGAGAUUGACUCUGUGAAGUACCUGGAGUGUUCAGCCCUCACCCAGAGAGGCCUGAAGACUGUCUUUGACGAGGCCAUCCGUGCUGUCCUGUGCCCUCAGCCCACGCGGCCACAGAAGCGCCCGUGCAGCCUCCUCUAGGGUUGCACCUUGGCCCUCCCUCAGAGUGGUCUGACCCUCCAGGCCCGAGAUGGCUCCUUGGCUGGCCACGGUGCCCCUCCCUGUGGCGUUUCUUAAUGCUGCAGAGCUUGGCUGAUUGUUUCCAUGCUGGAGGCCCCUGGGGCCAGCAGGGGUAAAUUCGCAGGUGCUGCCUCAGAGUCCCUCCGUAUUCUUGCCUUCUCAGGGAUGGGAGCGGCUGCCUGACUCCCCUCUGGGAACUUCGAGCCUCCCGGCUGCCAGCCGCCACUGGAGCCCUCCAGGGAUGGGGCUCUUGCUCCAGUGUUGAUGAUCCUGCUUAUCUGAAAGUCGUUCUUCGAGUGAGCGAAAUGUGUGUCAGACCUGUGCUUCCCUGGUCUUAGUUCUCCUUUACCGGGACAACACAAAUCAAUUUCUCUAAACUCCUGUGGGUAUCUGCCAACCUAUCCAAGAGUCACCUCUGCCAGGCAGGACUCUUGCUACUGCAGACAGAAAAGCUAAUUCAACCUGCUUAAACUGAAAAUAAAUUUAUUGAUUCAGUUUGGAACUCCCAUAAUUUC